GGCAAAAGCCAAGCCAAUCUAGAUUUUCCAUUAAAAACCAAUACUUCACAUCGAAGAAACUCCCCUCUCUCUCUCUCUCGCUCUCUCUCGCUUUGUUGAAUUCAGCUCUUGGAGCUGAUGACCUUUCGAAUAUAAGUAAACGGACGAACUUGCCUUGCUCUGCAAGACCCACCAAUCGCUUUUAGUUUCCAACGACUUCGAUCGCAGAAUUGAGAAUUCCUUGCGUUGCCGCUUUCAUGGAAUCAGAAGCUUCAUCAAAGAAUACGAGCAUGGCAAAAUUGAAGAUAGCAGGAUCUUGGUCGGGUGCUUUGGAAGUCGAUUUAGAUGUCUGGACGAUACCCAUGUUGAGAGAAGAGGUUGCCAGGCGAUCGAAUUGCAGGCCCGAAUCAAUCAAGCUUAUUUGUGGUGGGAAAGUUUUGAAAGAUGGAGAAGGGAAUGAUAAAUUGAGUGAAUUGGGUAUCAAGAACAAUGGAAAAAUUCUUGCCAGCCGGGUUGGUGCUGAUGAAGGGAAGUCCAUGAAGGAAGCAUUCUUGGCCGAGGAGGAGCGAUCUCGCAGGCUUGCUCGAAUCAAGGCUGCUGCUGUUGCAUUGGCUGAGCGGCAUGUUGAUGGUUCAUUACCAAUGGAGGACUUCAAUAUAGAACUUGAAGAUCAGAGUGGAAAGAAGGUUCAUUUGGGUUCUGAGACUGAUCAACGGGGAGUGAUGAUGGGCAUGAUGCUUCAUGCAAAUGCAAAGCGACUAAUUAAACAACAAAAGUACAAGGAUGCAUUAGAUGUGCUUUCCAUGGGAGAGGAGGCUUUCUCUCUCUGUGAUCCUAAGGUUAUUGAGAUGAUUGAUAAUAUCCCAAUACUCCAAAUAGACACAGUAUGGUGUUAUUUCAUGCUUAAAGACAUCACAUGGCUGUCUAUGGCGGGAGAACGCCUUGCAAAAGCAAGACAAGGAAUUGAACGUACUCAUGGGAAAGACUCCAGCCGUAUUAGAAUCCUUCAAGGAGGUUCCUAUCCAGAGCUUGCAUUGCACUUGAGACUGGAGCUCCUGGAAGGUGUAGUGGCUUAUCAUAGUCAUCAAUUUGAGAAGUCUAGAAAGGCAUUGAACUCUGCCCAAGAUAAAUUCCUUCAGCUCCAGGUAUCAGAUGAAGCUCUAUCACUGCUUAUAAGCAUGGGUUACAAGGAACGGGAGGCAAAAAGGGCACUGAGAAUGAAUAAUCAAAAUGUUGAGAAUGCUGUUGAGUUUCUUAUUCAGGAGAAAUUGAAGAAAGCACAAAAACGAGAGGAGGACAUUCGGCGGAGAAAUGAAAUCAUGGAGCAGAAACGUUAUGGAAUGACUCCCCUUAAGAAAGCUGUGGAUCUUGAAAGAUUGAAUGAAUUGGUCUCCAUUGGCUUUGAGAAGGAGCUUGCAGCAGAAGCACUUAGGAGAAGUGAAAAUGACACACAGAAGGCCUUGGAUGACUUGACAAAUCCCGAGACAAAUUCUAGUAUACAGCUCUACAUUGAGUCAAAGAAGAAAAAGAGACUUAGACAAGCAGCAGAUGCUGCUAUUGAAGAGCUUAUAUCUAUGGGAUUUGAGAGAUCAAGAGUGGUUGCAGCUGUACGGUCAUCUGGGACAAAAGAGCAAGCAUUAAAUUUGCUGAUUGAAGAAUCUAUGCCAAACCCCACAACAGAAGCUAAUGAUGGUACAGCAUUUGAUUCUACACUACAUAGUAGCACAGGUUCUGCUGGUGUGAACAAUGAGGAUAUGGUUGAAGGUCCAUUACACAUCAAUGAUACAACAGAAGAACGAGACAUGGAGAUGGAAGAUGCUAUUGUACAAGAAAUAACAGGAGAUUCAUUAUCUGACUAUGAUAUUGAAGUUACGAAAGAAGGUGAAGCUAUAGCUGAGUACUUGGCUCUUCUGACUUCUACAGGCAAUAGUGGGAAAGACUCUACUCAGUGAGAAUACAGAAAUCCAACUGAUUACAUUUCUUGUAAAUAGAACUCUGCAAAAAAAUGCUAAAGGUUAGGUCUGUAUCAAGUCCACCACUCCCAAAACCCCAGAUAGCUGGGACCAACAUUGGGAGAUGGCCUUUUUAGAAUCUUGAUAAUUUUACAUUACAAAUAGACUGACUGAGUGUUUAGGAUGCUUAGCAGAAUGAAUGGAAAUAUUCAUCAAAAAUCAGGUUUUACUUUUAA